AUGGCAGACCGUUCUCGACGCGAAAGAAAGUCGAAACUCGACAAACUAGCGGAGUACAAGAGGGCUCGCGAAGGAGGAACGCGUGUUUUCAAGGAAGAAGAUGUCGAGAUUUACGAUGAGGUUUCGGAAGAUCAGUACCAAAAGAUAGUCAAGGGACGUUUGCAACGCGAUGACUUUGUGGUCGACGAUGGUGCAGAAGGAUAUGUUGAUAAUGGGAUGGAUGACUGGGCAGGCGGUGAUGAAGAGUUUAGAGAUGACUCUGAAGAAGAGGGUAGAAAGAAAGACAAAAAGAAGAAGAAUAAAACUGAGAAACCAAAAGCCAAACCUAAGCCUCCUCCUCCCGUGGCUCCAUCUAUCAACGCAUACCGCCCUGCCGUGUCCGCAGAACAAGAAGCCGAUUUUAUGGCUUCGCUACUUGGAAAUGUUGAUAACCUGGUCACCGAACCACUUCCAAAGCCCUCAAGGAAACGUAAACCAUCGCCGGAGUAUGAAGAGCCGCGUUAUAAUCGCCACUCGUAUCGACGGAAAUCUCCAUUCGCAGACGCCUCUUCCGACGGGCCUGUAGAGGAUAUUGCUCACACCUUGAGCGAUGAUGCCUUUAGCAGCCCUAAUAAACGCACGCGUACCGAGGACGGAGCUAUCACUCCUGCAGCAGAAAGGCUGGCAUCUCUUGAAGUCGACGGUAGCUCAGAUGGCUUCGACAGCUCUUACGACGACAUUAACAUGGAUGAUUUCAUGGACAUGGACGACGACUUCGACGUCAAACCUCAAGUCAAACGCGAAGAACCGGCAAUUACAUUGUCAAAAAAGCCUGCGCCUCAGGCUGCUACCUCCAAACUCAAAGAAGAAGCCGACGUAAAGCCUGCAUGGCUAUCUGUCUACGACUCGCUAGCCGUUGAGUCCGAGGAUACCCUUGGCCCUCUUUCGACGAGCAAUUCUUCUUCGACAAAUUCGACAAACAUUUCCGCUCUGGAGGAAGAUGGUUCACUUCGAUUCUUUUGGAUUGAUUACAUGGAGUUGGAUGGACUACUUUAUUUUAUCGGCAAGCUGAAAGAGAAGACUUCUGGUACAUGGAUCUCAUGCUGCGUGAAGGUAGAGGGCAUCAAGCGAAACUUAUUUGUCCUACCUCGAGAGAAGCGUGUUGAACAAGACGAGGAAGGAAAUAUCCACGAAACCGACAUUAUCCCCACCCAAGAAGACAUCGACGAGGAUUUCGACUUGAUUCGCAAAGCCAUGAAAAUAAAAUCGUAUCGAGCCAAGUUUGUCAAGCGUAAGUAUGCGUUUGGAGAGCAAGAUAUCCCACGAGGCGAAGCUCAGUGGAUGAAAGUUAUCUACGGUUUUAACGAGCCUGUAGUACCCAUGAACGCAGAAAGUCAGAACAUCGCCCGUAUACUGGGUACAAAUACUAGUGCCUUUGAACUCCUUGUUCUCAAACGAAAAAUCAUGGGUCCCUGCUGGAUAACCAUUAAAAACCCCCAGAUAGAGAACACUGGUGUUUCGUGGUGCAAACUCGAAGUUACAGUAGCGGACCCGAAGGAUUUCAAUCCAUUCUCAGAGACCGAUGCUAAUGCUCCGAAGGAACAGCCGCCUCUCAAUGUUAUGAGUUUGUGUGUGCGUACAGUUGUCAAUCAUCAAGAAAACAAGCGAGAGGUCGUCUGCGCGACUGCCAGAAUUUGGCACAACAUGCAAAUUGACGAUGCUACGCCUCCUGAGAAACUGAAAUGUACCGUUCAUACAUUUGUUCGUCCUCUGGACCGUUUCCCUACAAAUUUCGAAAGAGAGGCCAAAAGCAAUGCUAAGGGGACCAUCAUGCCGAUGAAAAAUGAAAGGAUGUUGUUGAGCAGUCUAUUGGUGACACUGCACAAAGCUGACCCUGACAUUAUCGUUGGCCACGAUUUCCUUGGAGUGUCGCUCGAUGUGCUGUUGAAUCGGAUGCGCGAUCUUAAGGUCGAUCAUUGGUCGCGUCUUGGACGUUUCAGGCGUUCGCGGUGGCCUAAUAUCGGCAAGCAGGGCUCAAAUCUAAAGUUUUUGAACGGUCGUUUGCUCUGCGAUCUCGCCAGUGAUGGCGCAAAGAGUAUGAUUGCCUCUACGACCUGGACGAUGACGGAGAUGUGUAAAACACAUUUGAACAUUGAACGCGAAGAUUUCGAUCCCGAUGAUACCGCCAGCAAACUCGACGGAAGCCUGUCAUCGCCCGAGCCUAUGCUCAAAUUUGUCCGCCAUUGCGAACUGGACGCUCAUUUCCAGAUGGCUAUCGCAUCAAAGGUGCAGAUCCUGCCUCUGACGAAACAGUUGACAAAUCUGGCUGGAAACUCCUGGAACAAAACUCUGAACGGAGGUCGUGCAGAACGUAACGAGUACAUUCUUCUGCACGAGUUCCAUCGACUGAAGUACAUCUGCCCUGACAAAACCUUCGGCAAGAAGUCCGUUGCUGUCAAGGAGGAGCCUCAGGACGAUGACGAGCAGGGCCAAGGCCAAAGCGGGAAGAAAGUCGGGAAGAAACGCGACAAAUACAAGGGUGGUCUAGUCUUCGAACCGAAGCGAGGCUUGUGGGACAAAUUUAUCCUCGUCAUGGAUUUCAAUUCCUUGUACCCAAGCAUCAUCCAAGAGUACAACAUCGAUUUUACCACUGUCGAACCUGUGGAUGAUGAUGAGAACGGCGAUGAACGUAUACCGGAGCCACCGUCGACGGAUGUAUCGCAGGGCGUCCUCCCUCGUCUUAUUGCCACCCUCGUGAAUCGUCGUCGGCAGGUGAAAUCUUUGAUGAAAGAUCGCAGCGCGUCAGCGGCCCAGCUUCUCCAGUACGACAUCAAGCAGCAGGCACUGAAACUGACUGCCAAUAGUAUGUACGGAUGCCUUGGAUUCGAAUAUUCACGGUUCUACGCGCGGCCCCUUGCUGCUCUUACUACCCACAAGGGAAGAGAGAUUUUAACGCACACCAAGGAGUUGGCUGAGAGUUUGAAUCUUGAAGUCGUUUAUGGAGAUACUGAUUCGGUGUUCGUCAACUCGAAUGUAACCGAUCUUGCUGAGGCGUUAAAGAUCUCUGCGCUCUUCAAGAAGGCCGUGAACGAUCGAUACAAACUGCUGGAGAUCGACCUUGAUGGUGUUUUCCAGAGACUGCUGUUGCUCCAAAAGAAGAAGUAUGCUGCUCUUAAAGUUGAUGACGGUACAAAAACCAGCACGGAAAUUAAAGGUCUCGACAUGAAACGACGAGAGUACUGUGCUCUGUCUAAACAAGUUUCUCAAUAUGUCCUUGAGCAAAUUCUUUCUGGCGAAGCUACCGAGAAUGUAGUGGAGAACAUUCACGAAUAUCUUACAAAUAUUGGGGAAAGUGUCCGCAGUGGGUCUAUCAAGAUGGACGAUUACAUUAUCUUCAAGCGUCUCGGAAAAAAUCCUGAAGAUUACCCUGAUGCCAAAUCUCAACCACAUGUUCAAGUCGCUUUGAGAAUAAAGCAAAGAGGUGGCUCAGCCAAAAAUGGAGACGUCAUACCAUACAUCUUUUGCUUGGCUGAAGGCGAAGAGAGUUCGAAAACUGGACAGGCGGAUCGUGCCAAACACCCCGACGAACUUCGAAAAGCAGGGUCUGCAUUAAAGAUCGAUUACGAUCACUAUCUCUCUCACCAAAUUCUGCCACCUAUUGAACGUCUCUGCGAUCCUAUUGAGGGCACUGACCGCGCACGUCUGGCAGAAUGUCUUGGUCUCGAUCCAAUGCGCUACCGUACGUCUACGGGAGUGGAAGAAAGGGUAUUCUCUGGUCUGGAUUCACAGAUGUCUGACGCUGAACGCUUCCGAGAUGCACUACCGUUCAUCAUCCGAUGUCGCCACUGUCAAGUCAAGGUUCCUUUUCUUCCGCUUAAUGACCCUGAGGCCAACAUCUUGCAGCCAGCGGGUCCAUUGUGUCCAUCAUGUACAAAGACAAUUAGCUUGGGAAGCUUAUUGACACAACUGGAGAUCCAGAUACGCGAGUCUAUAACCAAGUAUUAUCAAGGUUGGACCGUUUGCGAUGAUCCGACAUGCAACAAUCGCACUCGGAUGAUGGGUGUAUAUGGUCGAAGGUGCUUGCGCACCGAAUGCAAAGGCAGGGUUUCAUUUGAGUAUACCGACACGCAACUAUAUAACCAACUGAGGUUUUACGUAUCGUUGUUUGAUACUCAAAAGGCACUUGACUCAACAAGGCCCGAAAAUCGAUCGGACUUGACUGCCAUCAUCACAAAAAAUCAAGUGCUACUACGAAGUCUAGGCGAAUGUGUAGAAAAACAUUUGAAUAAUUGUGGACGGCGCUGGAUUGACCUUGGUACUAUUUUCUCGUCCAUGAAACUAUGA